AUGGAUUCCCGAAAAGGCGACUCUGAGCACCCGGAAGAGGAGGUCCUACGACUUCGUGCCAAUGUGGUGAGAAGAGGUGAAAAACGGGAUGUGUCUGAACUGGAGGCUCGUCGACAACAGGUAUCUAGAGCCUACAAUCGCAAGCUUGAUGUGAAAGAGAAGAAUAAGCUACGCAGAAAGAAGCGAGAUCAGCGUAUCAGCUCGCGGCUCAAGGCUACCGAGUGGUAUCUUGCCAAACUUGGUCCCAAACCCGGUGAGGGUUCGUCAUUUCCUGCCAUUGUAGCGACACAUCUACCGCCAAAUCAGUGGCCCCAAGGCACGGAUGCGCCAGGACAAGAGCAAUUGGACUAUUUGCUAGGGCGUGUGGACGAUGUGCAAAGCGUGGACUUGAAUCGACUAUAUGGGAUGUUCAGCGAGUGGAAAUCUCUCAGUGAGGAAGAGCUGCGACAUCAAUGGUCUCAGGAAGUCCGGCUUGCUGUGAAACAGCAUUUGGGAAGUACGAGUCUAGCGGAGAUUAGUGGUGCUCGAGAGCUUGUGGAUCGGAAGCAAGAGGAAAUUUUGGCAGGGAGUAGCGAUGUGUUGAACAUGACGCUGGAUUGA